GCAAAAAAAGAAGAAGAAUCUUACUCAUUCAUGCUGCAUUACUUCGAAAUGAAUAGCAUUUGGGGUGCCAUUGUUGGGAUGGAAUGCUGACGUCGUUUUUGAAGGUUUGGUAUGGGAGAUCUAGUGGAAAAAAGCAGUGAUGAGCCAGCAGGCUCCUUGGACGAUGGAUCUUCUGAGAUGGUUGGGCUGGUGGAGAACUCUAGUGAUGGAAAGGUGAAGUUCGAUGACUCUGGCCUCUCUUCUCAGCUCCAGAUAGGUCUGGAGAACCUCCGACUGGAGAAUUCGCUCACGGAUGUUACUCUAUAUGUGGAUGGAAUGGAAUUCCCUUGCCACAGGGUUGUCCUAGCGGCUGCCAGCAAUUAUUUCAGGGCAAUGUUCUGUAAUGAUCUUAAAGAGAAACAUGAAGACACAAUCACAAUAAAAGGUGUGGACUCAGAAGCCAUGAAGAUCCUGCUGGAUUACACCUACACCAGCAAAGUACUCAUCACCAAGCAAAAUGUACAGCGAAUACUGGAAGCAGCAAGUCUUUUCCAGUUUCUGCGGAUGGUUGAUGCCUGCGCAAACUUUCUCACCGAAGCCCUGCAUCCGGAUAACUGCGUCGGAAUUCUGCGGCUGGCCGAUACUCACUCACUGGACACCCUGAGAACACGGGUCCAGAACUUCCUCAUCCAGAACUUCCCACAGGUGGUCACCUACGAAGAGUUCCUGGACCUCCCAGGAGACAUUUUCUGCAACAUCCUGAAGAGCGAUGAGCUGAGUGUGACCGAGGAAGAGCAGGUGUUUGAGACAGUCAUGAGCUGGGUCCAAUCCAGAGAGAAUGAGAGGCUGUCACUCUUACCACACAUUCUGAAGCAUGUCCGUCUGCCUUUGCUGGAUCCCUGGUAUUUUGUGGAGAGGGUUGAAGGGGACGAGCUGAUCCGGAAAUGUCCCGAAGUCUUUCCUCUCCUGCAAGAGGCAAGGAUGUACCAUCUGUCAGGGAAUGAGAUCAUUUCUGAGCGGACGAAGCCUAGGGUGCAGGAAUUCCAGUCCGAAGUGUUCAUGAUUAUCGGAGGCUGUACUAAAGACGAAAAGUUUGUGUCGGAGGUGACCUGCCUGGACCCUUUGCGGCGCAGCCGGCUCGAGGUAGCAAAGCUGCCCAUCACAGAGAUGGAGACAGAGGCAGAGAACAAGAAGUGGGUGGAGUUCGCCUGCAUCACAUUUAGAAAUGAAGUGUAUAUAUCAGGUGGAAAGGAGACCCAGCAUGACGUGUGGAAGUACAAUGCCUCUUUGAACAAAUGGAUCCAAAUCGAGUAUCUGAACACUGGCAGAUGGAGACACAAAAUGGCAGUGCUGGGAGGCAAAGUCUACGUGAUUGGCGGCUUUGACGGGAUUCAGAGACAGAACAGUGUGGAAACAUAUGACCCCUUUCAUAACUGCUGGACUGAGGCAGCCCCGCUCAUGCUAAAUGUCAGCUCCUUUGCUGUGACAAGUUACAAGAAGAAGCUGUAUGUCAUUGGAGGAGGGCCGAAUGGCAAACUCGCCACGGAUAAGACACAGUGCUUUGACCCGUCAACUAAUAAAUGGACUUUAAAGUCGCCCAUGCCAAUUGAGGCCAAGUGCAUCAAUGCUGUGACCUUCAAGGACCACAUCUAUGUAGUGGGUGGUGCAAUGAAAGCCCUCUACUCCUACAGCCCUGUGGAAGAUUCUUGGAGUCUGGUCACCAGGUUCAGCCACGAGAGAGCCAGUUGCGGGAUCGCCGCCUGCAGCAACAAGCUGUUUGUGACAGGUGGCCGGGACGAGAAGAACGAAGUCAUUGCGACCGUGCUGUGCUGGGACCCGUCCGCGCAGAAACUGACUGAAGAGUGCGUGCUCCCCAGGGGCGUCUCGCACCACGGCAGCGUCACCAUUCGGAAGUCCUAUACGCACAUACGCAGGAUCGUGCCUGGGGCGGUUUCAGUCUGACAAGACCGAUCUGGAGUGGAACAAAAACUAGCAAUUUCACUUGUGAAAGUAGUUUUUUUUUUUUAAAUAAAUAAUUAUUUACCUCAGUUAACCAUUUGGAAUCUUCUGUAGCUACAGCUGAAUGGGUCACCUACUUUGAACAGGUGUAUCAGCUGCUUCUGUCUGUGUACCGUUAUCUCAAUCUACAAGAGUUUGGGUUAUAUAACGUUGCACAACCAAGCACGUAGCGUGCUGUCCUCACCCCAGCCACCUUCAUUCUGUGUGGCAGAUAAAAUGCAAUAACAGCAAGUGAACAAUGAGAUGUACAGGUUACAGUACAGUAGGCUACGGUACAGGUUUCCUAAUCUCAACUACUGUUUGUGUUCCACUUCCAAAUCUUGUAUAGAACGGGUUUAAUGGCAACCACCAGUAAUUAAUCCAUUGUUAUUUUGAUCUUGUCUUCAAGUGUGGCGGUUUUAUUUGUGCAUUUCAGGUAGCUGUUUUGACAACACAGCUGGUGUAAUAUCUUUGUAUUGUACCUUUUACAGAGACGUCGUUCAUUUUGUAGAUACAGAAUCUUUGUCACAUUGAGUUUUAUUUGGAUAAUUUUCACCCAUAAGCAAAUUUGUAUUCUGGUCAACCUUUAAACCGUAAAUUACUGUAUAUUGAAAGUAAUGCUUAAGCCAGUAAAAAGCCUAUGGAAAAUGAGCCUGAACAGAUUUUUAAGUGCGUGAUAGAGACAAGGAGUGAAAGUUAAUGAAUUUUCAGGAAUUGUCAAAAUAUGUAUUAAAUAUAAUUGAACCUAGUGGAAUGAUGCUCACCCCCAAAGAAAUAACAACCUGAAGAAAAACUUUGAUCACUAUUGGAAGCGAAACUGUUGCACAUGUUCCUGGAAUCUGUAAUUGACCCACUGGAAUCAAGGCCGCUGGAGCUAGGGGUGCAGUAGCACCCCCUGGCUCUGCAUGGCUUCCAUCAUAUACAGGGGUUACAGUCUUGUUCAAUGGCUUUCAGCACCCCCCACAUUAAAAAUUGUUCGAGUGCUACUGACUGGAAUGAGAACAGGCAAAAAUUAAAAAGAGACAAAAUGUUAUACUGCUAGCAAUUAUUAUGGUUGCUAUUUAUUUUGUUUUUACAGUUUAGAUGAACGUCAAAGAAGAUAUGAAACACACAGGACAAACAGUGGACGAAUGUUGUAAAUUAGGCUCCUGUAGUAACUGCAGAAAUUAUCUUACGGGUUCUCUAACAACAAACUUGCUUUAUUUACAUCAGCUUGCUCCCCCCAAAAAAUGAAAAUUCCACGAGGAAUCAGCAAAUGCAUAGGUCCUAAUAAAAAUCCAAAACGCACUUCUGUUUUUCAAACAAUAAAACAGACUGCACAAAGAAGUGACACACGGUUCUUGAGUAGAGCAGGUAACCUCCUGAAAUCAGUGGAACAGAAAGGGACUACAAAAGGGAGUCCUCUUCUACUCACCUCAUCAUUGAUUCAUGCUGCUAGAUCAUUUCAAGCAGCCAAUAGUAUCCCCACAGUUGGUAUUAAUUGAUCUCAAUCUCACCUACCACACUUGUGCAAACUUACCGCUGUCAAUUGCCUUGUGAUGAGCUGGUUCAGCUGACUGCUGCUGUUAAACAGAUGAAUUUCGUCUGGACCCAACUGGUUUUCAAGAGCAUUUUCCAAAUCAAUACUACAUAAACACAAUACAAUAUUCUCUUCUCCUUAAAUAUAAAAUUAGAAAAAAACCAGCCACAAUAUAUCUUGUUAACAGCAGUAAUUAACUGAAUUGUCUGCAGGGACGCUGGCACCUGUAUUGCAGGCGAGAGUAAUUAUGCUCUCUAACUUUUGAUGCUGCAAGUUGAGGCUGCAGAAAGCCCUUGUGUGAAGGAAUGGAAUGAGUCUUUAGCAGCUAAGCCUGUGGCUAUGACCCUUGCUCAACUUAUUUUAAAAAAAAAAAAGGUUUCAAAGCUGUGAUGAAAAACAGAAACAAAAUAAGAAUUGGAAACUAAAUAGCAUACAUGACACAUGGGUAAGAUAACAAUACUUAAAAAACAAAAAACAAACAAACAAAAAAAAAAAAAACUUUCCAUGUCACCAACUCCAGUGAUGAAAACAAGACUUCCAUUCCGAUCAGUGGAAGCCAAGUACAUUUACAGUGACCUUAAUGAGGCACAACAAAUACCCUACCCACAAUACCUGUAUCAUUCACAAUCACUAUUUCAAAGCAGCGUCCAUAAUUUAGUGUAGGUUGUAUGAAUCGUGCAAGCUUUUUUUCUCAAUCAUUUGCCUAAUCAGGUUUUUAAAAACUCAGAUGUUCUAUAAUAUCUUUGCCCAUACCAAUUUUUUUUGUUUUCGACUGCUGUUUAUAAAGAUUAUAACAAACAGUUUACUAACAAGGUUUAAAAAAAAAUAAACACAUAGGCCUAUCAGAUAACUUUGAUUAUCUGUGCAAACUCUUACAUCACACCCGACUUGCCUGGUAAAAAUAAAAAAAAGCUAACUUUUCCACAGUUGAGGUAAUAAGUACAUAACCUACUGUGUAUCCAAUAUGACGUCAAAACACAAGCUGGGUUGUUCAAAGCAAAAA